GCCACGUUUACACGUCCAUUAGCUGAAACGUAGAAAUUCCCUAGCAACCACAAGCGCAUUCCCAGGUCACAAAAUUUGCCAUUCAAAUUCUCCUACUCUACUCUGCAAAUCUGAGCUUCUCUCACAGUUAAUCAAAAUAUAAUGGCAAUGACACCUGUAACUCCUAGCUCCAAAAUAUCUUUACCAAAUUCAAGAAUACUAGCAAUAACCCAUUUGAAUUCUCUCAAAAACAGCACAAUUCAAUAUAAAAAUAGUGAAAAUAUCAAAGAUAUAGCUACACCAACAAUGGCUGACAUUUUAGCUUCAGCAAAAGCCCAAAACCUUGAUCUCCAGCUAAAAACAUUAGGACCCUUCUUCAGAAUCACAGCCAAAAGUCUUGAAACCCAAAAUGAGCUUGGUAGAGCUGAGGGGCUGAUUAGGGUUUGGUUAAAAGGCAAAAUUCUUCACUUGGAUUCAAUUAGGUUGAGAAGAGAAACACUUGGUAUGGAGAAAUCAAUUUUUGGUAUUGGAUUGUUUAUUGGAGCUGUUGCUGUCAGAUACGGAUAUAAUUGUGGAUGUAGGAUCGCAGAGUUGCUUGCUAUUAAUGACUCUAAUCUUUACCAUUCUAAGCUUGUUAGGUUCUAUAGAAGAAUUGGGUUCAAGGCUGUGCAUGAAGUGACUGGUUCAACAAUGGGAGACCUUGCUCAUAUGUUGGUCUGGGGAGGCAUAGGAACUAGAAUGGAUGCUGAUGUUGAGGAGCUUCUAGUAAAAUGGUGCACCAGGUUCAAACAUCGAGAUUUAUCUUCAUGAUCCAAUUGCUUGAAAAGUUAUGGUGCAAAAGCCGAAAUCCAGGUUUGAAAAGAAACAUGUUUGGUCAGCAGCAUCAACCUAAAGAACCGCUCUUACGGUCUUACAUCUUAGAACUGCACCUCACCAAGCAAGAAUUUUUCUCAGUAUUCCCUUGCCUAUAAGCUCAGGUGGCAUUCUGUUCAGCUGGUUGACAAGAAAGACCCAAAGCAGGAGAAAGGUACCACCCUGUACUAUUGUACAAUUUCUGUAUGAUGAUACAUUAUGGCUAAAUGGCUCAAUGACUAACUAAUGUUCACUUAUAGAUCACUAUCACAACAUAAUACCAGGAAACAAUCCAGAAUGUAGAUAUAUAUAUUUGUAUAUACAAUUUAUUUACUUGCUGAAAUUCUUGAUUCUGUUGCCUAAUUUUCUCCACAAA